AUGGCUGAAAAUCUGGAAAUUUCCCUGAUCCCAGCCCUGCUGAUGCUGCCUCUCCUGCUGAAGGUUGCAGCGUUGCACUACCUGCUGGGUAUAACCGUCCUGACAGCUCUGCCUGGCCUGCUGUGGUACUACUAUGCAACGCACCGAAAGAAGAGACGCACCCUCUUCUUCCUCACCCUCGCAUUGUACUCUCUGGCCUACAUGUAUUACCUCUUCAUCACAGAGAUUUUACCGCGUGGGGACGUCAGCCAGCUGCAGAUGUGCACCGUGACCUCUGGGAUGAUCUUCACUAUAGUCUCUCUUAUUCACACCAAGAAAGGCCCAGGAUUUGUGACUGCUGCCCUUCACAACUCUCACAGUCAGGAGGAUAAAAAGGAGUCCACACAAGUAAAUAAUGGAUCUCUCCAAUCAGCAGCCUCUCCCUCAGGGACACCAGCAGAGCUGCAAACCCCAAAGGAGGGCCUCGGAGCAAAGUGGAGCAGGUGUCCUUUGUGCAAAAUAAUGCGACCACCGCGGGCUGGUCAUUGUCGAACCUGUGGCUCAUGUGUCCAGCGUUUGGACCACCAUUGUAUCUGGAUAAACAGCUGUGUAGGACAGGCAAACCAUCGCAGUUUCCUGCUGACCCUCUCUGUGUUUGUGUUGACCUCUCUGUACGGGAUCAGUUUGGUGCUUUGCAGCCUCUGUCCUCAUCAGUAUCUAAUGACAGCGCUCUUCUACUGCCCAGGCGUCUACACUCAGUCUAGCACAGCACUUUGCUUUACCUGUGCGUGGUACAGCAGCAUUGUCGCAGGUGGACUGCUUUACCUCUUGGUGGCACAAGUUCUCAAUAUCAGCUUUAACGUGACAGAGCGAGAGGCUCAGCUGGCUCUGAGGAACAAAACGGGCCAGAGCCGCCUGUGGGGACUCGUUGUUGACACAGGAGAGUAUUCUCGUGGCUUCUAUCAGAACUGGGUUGAGUUCCUCACCAUGACAGAUGCUUCAGCUUCUCCUCGGUCCAGCCUUACUGACUUGGUCUAGUUGUACUUAAUGCACUCGGUGACAUCGUGGUAAUACACUGUUCGUGCUGCAUGCAUGAAGAAUUCGAUUUCUUUUUUUUUUCAAUACAUUCCAGGACUGCGGUACUAAUAGGAACAUGUUUUUAAUGACUGUUUAAAGAUGCAUAGAUGUGUUUGGGGUUUGGAUUUUUAGCAUCAUUUUCUGUUGAAGCUUUUGACCUGGACACAUGCAAGACAGUCUGUGGAUUUUGUGCCUUUUAUAAAAUUUAAUCGAAGACUGCAGACAUUAUAGCCUGCCUUUUUAUACACGUGCAGAAAGUAAGAAGGAAAUAUGUUGUCUUUAUAAAAAAAAAUAAUCUCACUGCAUGCAAGUCAAAAAAAUCUAAUAAACUUCAAAAUGAUACAAAAAAAACAUUAAAUGAUUCUGGAGUUCAAAUCAAAGAAGAUAAACCAGAAACAAAACUGCCGGAUUCAAGACUAGAUAGCUGUCCUUUACUAAUUUAAUAUCCAGUAGCAACGUGGUUUGGCCCUAAGAUGGCAUCAGAGGGAAAGCCAAAGAAAAGCAAAUGGUCACUUUUGACCCGUUCUGCAGACAUGCACUCAGUAAAUACUGACACCACUGUACUGGUCAAGUUGGAAAUUUAAAAAGAAACAAAGAUAUAUUAAAACAAUUAAUAAGAAGGCAAGAAAAACGAGUUAUAGAAGGAUCUGCAUCUGUGAGAAGAGGCCUAACUAAUAUAGAACAAAGAGGCUAGCUUAGCUCAGUGUAAGAUGUUAAAAUAAUGUCUAAAAUAUGUUGCAUGUGAUGGUUAGAGCAAGAACAAAGUUCAUCACCUUGGACACAA